AUGGGUAAGAAAAAAGGUGGAUCUAAAAAUAAAUUAGCACGAAUGUCUGAAGAAGAGCGUGCAAGAUAUCUUCAGCAUAGAGCUGAACUUGAAGAAGAAGCGAGAAGAAGAAAACAACAAUUGAUUGCUCUAUAUAUGAAGAAUAAAUUAAAACGUGAAGAAGCAUUUACACGUUUAAAUUUAGCAAAAAUAAAUCAAGAAUGGCGUUCAAUUUUACGACAGGUUAAAUGUCAAUCAUUGAAAAGAGAAAUAAAUGAUGUUGAAAAUUUAUUUCAAGAUGCAUUCGAACAAAAGAAUCGUAUUAUUCAACAAUUACUUAGUGAUUUGGAUGAAGCUGAAGAUAUGUAUUCAAAUUUACAACAAAGUCAUAUGGAAAGUAUUGAUAAAAUAAUGUCAAUACAAUUUGAACGAAUGGAUUAUUUCAAAAGUUCUUAUAUCGAACAGAGAAAUGAAAUUAUAUUUGAAGCUGAUCAGGAUUUUAAGGAGUACCGUGAGCAACGUGAUAAAGCUCACCAUUCCUUAGAAGCAUCAUAUUUUACUUUAGAGAAAAGUGGUGAAAAUCAAUUUAAAGCAUUGCAUGAUGAUUACUUACAAAAAUUGGAUGAUAUUAAAAGUGAGAUGGCAAUUAAAUUGGAACACAUAACCAGUACUCGUGAGGAAGAAAUCGAAAAUUUAUGGAGUGAGCAUCGCAAAAUCCUAAAUGAUUAUGUUGCUUAUAUGGAUGAAUUUUAUGCUGAAUAUUCAGAUCUGAGAGAAAAAGAUGAAGAAAAUACAGCAAAAAUUAGAGCCUAUUGUCAAGAGGUAACCAAAUUAACAAAUCAAUUGACUGAUUUAAAAAUCGAAGCCGAUAAUACAAUCGAAGAAGGUGAAUCACAAGUUACCUAUAUGCAAUCGCAUCGUGACAAUUUAAAUAAAAAAUAUUUGCACUUAAAAAGGAAACUAGAAAUGUCUUUGAAAAAUCAUGAAGAUCAGUUUCGUGAAUUAGGUGUUUGUGGUCAUGAAUCAUUGACAACUUUAAAAAAAUAUUACAAAAAAGGUGAACAAUUAAUGCAACUUGCAGCUGUUUGUCGACGUUUAGAAUCAGAGCGUGAAAAAGUCAUUCCAUUUGACUUUGCUAAGAGGCCGGCUUUUGAAAAAAGUGCAGAUGAAAUGAAACAACCCCCUGAAGAUUUUAAAGAAGUAUCUUUUAAUUUUUCUCUUUUUUCAAUGUAGAAAGCCUUAGAGAAUUGGUAUAGCAUGGAGUUAUUUUGGGAACGAGUUAAUCGUGUUAAGUUAGAUAAUGCAUGUUUAAAAGAAGAAAAAUUCGGAUUGGAAAAUGAAAAUGAAAUGUUAAAAGCUCAACUUAAAGAUUAUUUAACAGCAGUAACUAUAGCAUCUGGUCCAAAUGGUAAUAUUCAUGAUAGAAUGUUUAGUCGUCCAAGUAGCAUGAAAGUUCAAAAAGUUGUACGAAUUGAUAUGAAUGAUUUUAAAAAACCUGGAUCUUCACCAGCUGGCGGUGUUCAUCCAAUGAGUUAUAAAAAAUUAGGUAUUAAAAUUAAAAGAAGACCAUACACUUGUGUUGAAGCGAAUUUAUCAAAUGCUGUACGUUCACAGAAACUAAUUGCUAAUAAAAUGACUACUGCUAAACUGGGUGCAAUAGUUUGGUAA